UUAGAUGUCUUUUUCGAUUUGAGUUUAUUUCUUGAUUGAUUCGAGUUCUACACUUGAUCUGAUUGAUUUGAGUUACAUCCUAAAUGUUAUGGAAAGCUUUGAUUCCAUAAAUUAAUUAUUUCUCUGUGUUCAUUUUGUUUGCAGUUUGCUUACAUUCCAGCAAUGGUUUUACCGAUUUUAGUUGUUGGUGACAGAGGGGUUGGUAAAUCAUCAUUGAUUAACAGGUUUGUUAAUCGUGAGCUUACGGCUGAGAUUGAUGGCGCUCUGGUAAGAUGGAUGGAAAUUGAUGAUAAGAUCUGGAAGUCGAAGAUUUGCGAGGAUAGCGUGUCCCUUUAUCGACGUGAUCGAAUCUGUUGCUGUGUUCUUGUCUUUGAUGUCAACGACAUAACAUCGUUUGACAGUCUCAACAAACAUAUUGACCAGUAUGUUUAUCAGAUGCUAAGAGUCAAUCCGAACUCAGAUCACUUCCCCCUCAACAUAACCAACAAGAAGAAACAUUUAUUAUUUUUCUCUUUUUUUGAAGUAGCAAAGAACCAUAAUACUCAUGGAAAUGACUUGAGACAAAACCUGAUGAUUUUUCUUUCAGAGUUUGCUAAUGUUGUCAGCAUUGAUCCACAUAAUGCUAAUUGGUAAUCUCUCUCUCACUUGUUAAAUGAUUUUCUUGGUUUAUGUCCAGUUGCAUUCUUUGCUUCUAGAUUAUUCUGUUUCAUACUUUUUUAAUUGUUUAAGUGCUUCAAAGCUUUUAGGCAGAUGGUGAAGAUUUAUUGUCGUCAAGGUGAAUACGAGAAAAUGAUGGAUGUCAAUCUAAAGAUGCUUCAAUACAUCAAGGGUAGAUACCAAGGUGAU